AUGAUGGUGGUUGAUGCUGCACCUUUGCCCCCUUUUGCAGCAGUCUCCCUCAGCUUCGGCAUGCCAGCUCUGGAACGCGGUGCGUUUUUGCGGCCCGAUGCGGUGAACGACACCAACAAGCUGGAGCUUUUCUGCUUUGCCAACGAGGACAAGAAGACCCUCUGGCUUGCCGCUCGUUUAGACAACCUGGGCAAGGGCGCCAGCGGUGCGUGCGUGCAGAAUUUGAACUUGGCGCUUGGUUUCCCGGAG